AUGGGGGCCAUCGAAGCUUGCAGUUAUUCCGUUCGAGCCAUCAAAGAAUACAGCAAACAAGCCGCUAGCACACCAAAAACCCCACAGGAUCCUCCGAAGGGAGCGCCCUUGGUCUUUACCGAGGCUGACACAAUCGGAAUUCACAAACCGCAUAAUGACGCUCUCGUUGUCGAUCUGCUCCUCGACGACGUCGAAGUUAGCCGCAUUCUGAUCGAUACUGGCAGUUCGGUCAACGUUAUCUUCAAGGAAGCACUUGACCAGCUUGAGUUGGCGUCAGAUAGGAUUGAUCCGUUCAUCGAGCCACUCACCGGAUUUGAUGGAGAGCGUUGUAUGACGAUCGGCACUGUCAAAAUCCCAAUCUACGUCGGCGGAAUCGCAAAGAUGAUCCAGUUCCUUAUCCUCGACAAACCGGCAAUCUACAACGCUAUUCUCGGUACGCCAUGGCUGCACGCAAUGAAAGCGGUCGCUUCGACGUACCAUCAAUGCUUGAAGUUCCCGACCCCGGACGGUGUGUACACACUCCGUGGAGACCAAGCCGUUGCUCGAUCGUGCUACAUAAAUGAGUGCAGACUCCACUCGGCCAACCAAACUUGCGUCAUUAAUUCGUUCGGACCAACUGACAAGCUCAUCGUCCAAAAGACAAAGCCUAAGCAGGAAUCAAUCGUUCAAGUUAGCAUUGACGAACUCAGGCCAGAGCGUCAAGUUGGAAUUGGUGCCGAGCUCGACCCAAUCAUCCGUGAACCACUCAUUCGUUUCCUGAAACAGCAUACAUCAACCUUCGCUUGGUCGGUAGAAGACAUGCCCGGGAUUGACCCGCAGAUCGCGUGCCACGAGCUCAAUAUCGAUCCGACAUACAAGCCUAUCAAACAGAAACGCCGAAAGCUCGGGCCAGAGAAAGCGCAAGCCAUGAAUGACGAGGUCGAGCGCUUACUCAAAGCUGGAUCUAUCACCGAAGUUAAGUAUCCAGAUUGGUUGGCAAACCCUGUGGUCGUGAAAAAGAAGAAUGGUAAAUGGAGAAUUUGCGUCGACUUCACCGACCUCAAUAAAGCGUGUCCGAAAGAUAGCUUUCCAUUACCUCAUAUCGAUCGCCUUGUGGAAGCGACUGCCGGAAACGAACUACUCUCAUUCAUGGAUGCGUUCUCUGGAUACAAUCAGAUUCUCAUGCAUCCGCAGGACCGAGAGAAGACAUCCUUCAUCACGGACCGUGGCAUAUAUUGCUACAAGGUCAUGCCAUUCGGCCUGAAGAAUGCUGGAGCAACGUACCAACGACUGGUAAACCGGAUGUUCGCGAGCCAGCUCGGACGAACUAUGGAAGUCUACAUCGACGAUAUGCUCGUAAAGUCACUCAUCGCUUCCGAGCACGUCGGCCAUCUUCGCACAUGCUUUGAUAUCUUGAACCAAUAUGGUAUGAAGCUUAACCCAACUAAGUGUACGUUCGGCGUAACAUCUGGAGAAUUCCUCGGAUAUAUCGUCACACGGCGAGGCAUCGAAGCUAAUCCAAAGCAGAUCGCCGCUAUUCUCGAUCUCCCCUCGCCGACAACCAGACGCGAAGUUCAGCGACUUACUGGACGUAUUGCAGCGCUUAACAGAUUCAUAUCUAGAUCAACGGACAAGUGCUUGCCCUUUUACCAACUUCUCCGUGGUAACAAGCACCUCGAAUGGAACGAGAAGUGUGAAGAAGCCUUCGCCGAGCUAAAGGAAUAUCUGUCCACUCCGCCAGUCCUGUCCAAACCAGAAACCGUUAGCAGCGUUCUUGUUCGAGAAGAUCGCGGCGAACAAAAACCAAUUUUCUACACAAGCAAGUCCCUCGACGGAUCGGAGUAUCGUUAUCCGACUUUGGAGAAGUUCGCCUUCGCCGUGGUUAUUUCUGCACGGAAACUGCGCCCGUACUUCCAGUCUCAUGCAAUCGUGGUCUUGACCGAUCACCCUCUUCGCACUAUCCUUCACAGCCCAAGUCAGUCCGGACGACUCGCUAAGUGGGCUAUCGAACUUAGUGAAUAUGACAUCGAAUAUCGGAACAGAACGGCAACGAAGUCUCAGGUCCUAGCAGACUUCUUGGUCGAACUCCCACCAGAGCUCGUCGAAGACAAUCCGGUCGUACAACCUUGGAUUCUUCACGCCGACGGUUCAUCAUCCCAUAAAGGAUCCGGAGUUGGAAUACGUCUCAAGUCACCCGAAGGAGAAGUAAUCGAGCAGUCAUUUCGGCUCGGCUUCCCAGCAUCCAACAACGAAGCCGAGUACGAAGCAUUGAUUGCCGGACUACGACUCGCUAAAAGUAUCGGCGCCGAGCAUGUACACGCCUAUUGCGAUUCUCAACUCGUAGCCAACCAGUUUCACGGCGAAUACGAGGCCAAGAACAACCGCAUGGACGCAUAUCUCAAAGUUCUUAAAGAUAUUGCUUCCGAGUUCUCCACCUUCGAGCUUACGAAGAUACCUCGAGACGAGAAUGCCUCCGCCGACGCCUUAGCCGCACUCGCGACUAAUUCCGAUCCUGAUCUUCGGCGAACUAUCCCGAUUGCAGCAAUCGAGCGACCAAGUAUCGAGCACGAUCCGAACUGCAAUAUCAUUACAAGACGGCGUGACUACGAAGCCCAGCCAAACCGUGCUCCACCCCUCACCCGAAAGACGAAACCUAAAGAGGUCAUCCCCGAUCGCGAAAACGAUACAGACGAGCUUAACGAUAACGAGCCCGAAUCCGAGGACGAGUCCGAAGGCCAGCACGUCCCCAUCAAUAUCGAAGCCGGAGAAGAGGACGAACCCGAGGAUUGGUCCCUGGAAAUCGUGGGAUACAUAGGAGAUGGAACGGUUCCCGCAGAUAAAUGGGCAGCUCGACGCCUUAAGGCUCGCGCAGCCCGGUAUGUGGUCAUUAAAGGUACUCUCCUCAGACGGGACGCUUCUGGUGUACUUUUGACUUGUGUUCACGGCAACGACAUCGCGGAAGUAAUGCAAAAGAUUCACGAAGGAGAAGGAGGAAAUCAUUCCGGAGCUCGGUCCUUGGCAUUUAAGAUCAAGAAAGCCGGCUAUUACUGGCCUACUAUGCUCUCUGAUUGCGAGAAGUACACGGCACGUUGCGAGAAGUGCCAACGUCAUGGUCCGAUGAUAAAUCUUCCUACCGAGCUCCUGAUGACCUCGACUGCACCAUAUCCUUUCAUGCGCUGGGCAAUGGACAUCAUCGGUCCUUUCCGCCGAUCUACAACCCAGAAGCAGUACGUCCUCGUCGUCACAGAUUACUUCACUAAAUGGGUCGAAGCCGAAGCAUACCCCGAGAUCCAUGGAAUCGACGUCAAGAAGUUCGUCUGGAAAUUCAUCAUCUGUCGACACGGAGUUCCGUACGAGAUCAUUACGGAUAAUGGAACCCAGUUCACUUCGAUAAUUUUCCAAGAUUUUUGCGCCAAGUGGAAAAUCCGACUAAGUUUCUCUACCCCGCGUUAUCCGCAAGGCAACGGACAAGCCGAAGCCACGAACAAGACCAUCAUUGACGGACUGAAGAAACGACUCGAUAUCGCUAAGGGAACGUGGGCAGACGAACUCGACGGCGUCCUGUGGUCUCAUCGAACCACACCGCGACGUUCAACCGGUCAGUCACCUUUCUUCCUUGCGUAUGGCGCAGAAGCUAUGUGUCCUGCCGAACUUAACGUCCCAAGCAUUCGCCGAACUAUGCUUACCCAGCAACCCGAGGCAAAUGACAAUAUGAUGAUCGACGCACUUGACUUAGUCGAAGAACAUCGCGAACGAGCACUACUCCGGAUACAGAAUUACCAACAACUUGCAGCUCGUUACUACAAUAAAAAAGUUAAGGGCCGUCACUUCGAAGACGGCAACCUCGUACUUCGUAAAGUCUAUCAAAACACCGAGGAGAAGAAUGCAGGAAAACUUGGCGCGAACUGGGAAGGACCAUAUCAGAUUAUGAAGGUUGUUAAGCCCGGCGUUUAUCAACUCAUGAAGUUAGACGGAACUCCGAUCCCGCGAUCUUGGAACUCGAUGCAUCUCAAACGAUACUACUAUUAG